UCGGGCGGUGCGGUCGCACGGCGCCGGGCCCCGCGGUCGAGUGCAGCGUGGAGCCGGGCCGGCCCCAUGCCGAGCCGCCCGCGCCGCCGCCGCCGUCGGUGAGCCCCCGCCAUGGGCGGCUGCGUGGGGCGGCAGCGCCGGGAGCGGCCCUCCGCCGGGAGCCCCCGCAAGAGAGCAGGCCGCAAUGAGCCCCUGAAGAAGGAGCGUCCCAAGUGGAAGAGCGACUACCCCAUGACGGACGGGCAGCUGCGCAGCAAGCGCGACGAGUUCUGGGACACAGCGCCCGCCUUCGAGGGCCGCAAGGAGAUCUGGGAUGCCCUGAAGGCUGCAGCCUAUGCCGUGGAGGCCAAUGACCACAGCCUGGCCCAGGCCAUCCUGGACGGAGCCAGCAUCACCCUACCCCACGGGUCGCUGACGGAGUGCUACGACGAGCUGGGCAACCGCUACCAGCUGCCCGUGUACUGCCUGGCACCGCCUGUCAACCUGAUCCUGGAGCGGAGUGAGGAGGAGGCGGCUGAGCCAGCCGAGCCGCUCCCCAACACCCGGCGUGAGUUCGCCCUCAAGGUGCGCCUGUCCACCGGCAAGGACCUGCGGCUCAGCGCCAGCAUGGCCGACACCAUCGGGCAGCUGAAGAAGCAGCUGCAGGCGCAGGAGGGCAUCGACCUGGCCUGGCAGCGGUGGUUCUUCUCUGGCAAGCUGCUCACCGACCGCAUGCGGCUGCAGGAGACCAAGAUCCAGAAGGAUUUUGUGGUGCAAGUCAUCGUCAACCAGCCACUGCCACCAAGGAACUGAGCUCCAGUGGGGAGUGGGGAGGCCCCUUCCCACACCGAGGCCCGGCGGCACCUUGGGAAUGUCCCGUGCCAUGUCCCAGCCAUGCUGGGGUCAUCGGAUCCCCUCCCCAGGGCUGUGGUCUGGGGACACGGGUACAUUU